AUGGGGCUUGUUGAGGUUAAUAAUAAUACUAAUGCACUUUUUGGUUGCGAUCUUGAACAACGCAUCGAAGUUGAGAAGUGUGUAAUUCCCGGCAUCGUCACGCGCUGUAUUGAGGAAGUAGAGCUCCGAGGCAUGGAUUGUGAGGGCAUUUACCGCAAAUCCGGUGGUAGCUCUCAAGUGCAGAUGAUCCGAGAUGGUUUCGAGAAGUCCCCAGAUUACGACAUCUCCGACCCAGAUCUCGAUAUCCACGCCGUCACCUCAGCGCUGAAACAGUAUUUCCGCAAACUACCCACUCCGCUAAUCACAUACCAUGUCUACGACCUACUCCUAGACGCCACGGGCGUUACGCCAGCCUCCGCCCGUAUAGACGUGAUGCGUCGCGCCCUCCUGACUCUGCCAAACGUACACCGCGACGUACUUGAAUUUUUGAUUUUCCAUCUCCGGCGCGUUGUGGAGCGCGAGAAAGAGAAUUUGAUGACGAGCUUGAAUGUUGCGGUGGUGUUUGCGCCGACGAUUCUGAGACCUGAGAGCUUGAGUCGGGAAAUGAGUGAUGUGAAUAAGAAGAAUGAGGUGUUGCAGUUUUUGGUUGACAAUUGUCAGGAUAUAUUCAUGGGGAUGCAGGAUUAG